AUGGUGGAUGAAUUUGAGAUGGCAAGACUUUCUGGGAGAGGAGGAGCUGGUUUGCAAACCCUAAUUGACCACCCUCCUCAUCCAGAUUCCCUAGUCUUUGGGAAAACUAUGAGCUAUGGACCUCCUCUCAUCAGUGUCACAAGCUUUUCAAGGAGAGGGAAUAGCAUUAUAACAGCAAAACAGCAGCAUCUCACCUAUGGCAGCCCUUUAAGAAUAGCAAUUGCGUUCGGUUUGCCUAAGGUUAUGACCGGUGCAAUCUUGGCUCAUGAGAUGAUGCAUGCAUGGUUUCGACUAAGAGGUAUUAGAACAGGCCAACUGGAACUAAAAGUGGAAGAAGGAAUGUGCCAAGUGAUAGGUCGAAAAUGGUUGGAGUGGUUGGAGUGUUUGGAGGCCCAGGAUCGCAAGACCUCAUCAGCGAUUACAGAGCAUGCUCAGUUUCAGAGAAACCUAAUUGAAACGUACAAGUAUGCGGUGGAUAUGCAUUCCUCUUACGAGUAUGGCCAUGGAUUUCGAGAGGCUAAAUGGGCAGUUGAAAAAUAUAAACUUCACAGAACAAUCGAUCACAUUUUAGCUUAUAGAAAACUUCCAGAAUAA